GUCCCGUUCUCUCCCAUAUUCUCUCUCUUUCUCUUUCCCUCUCCACAAACACGAAACUUUCCUCGGAGGUUUCGAGCACCCAAUGGAAAGUUUUUGGUGAAAUGGAAAAUCCACUACAAAGGAACCAAGAUAUAAAUGAAUGAAAGGAAAGAAGCGGUACGUGUUGCGGAAUCUAGUGUUGUCUCUGCCUUUAGCGGCGGCGAUGGCGGCGACGAAGGAUCGCGUUAAGAAACAGCGAGAAGUCGUUUCGUGGAGCAGGUUCUUCUGGUGCACCCUCUUCGUCGUCCUCUCCUGCGUCCUCUUCACUGGUUUCACCUUCUCCACCUUUCGCCUCAUCUUCGGAGAGACGCCUGUGGUGGUCUUAAAAUGGCGAGGUCCGGCCAAUGCUAUGGAGUCGAUGUCCGGGGACUCUCCGUUGACGCCGUCGAUCUCAGUUCGAGAAACGGUUAUACUUCCUGAUCAGGCUCUGGUUUUGCUGAACUACCCUCCUUCGGGCCGCUUAUUUACCAAAGACGACCUCGACUGCGUUUAUUUAUCUGCCAACCCGUCGUGGCGAGAGCUCAGGAAGCCUCCCGUUAGCGUGGACGGCGACAAUGAUUAUCAGAUCGUGCGGUGCGUGGUUCCGCCACGUGGCUUCACCGUCUCGCUUGCCUCGAAAUCGGACGGCCACGUCUCAGCUGGGCCCCACACACAAAUGUGGGAUUCGCUCGUCUACGAAGCUCUUAUCGACAGGGACAACACCACGGUUGUGUUCGUGAAGGGCCUCAAUCUACGGCCCGAGAGGCUCGGGCGAUCUUCCAGAUACGAGUGCGUUUACGGCUGGGAUUUUAAGAGACCAAAGUUUCUGCUGAGGUCCGACGUCGUAUCGGUCGCCCAGGAGAUCGUACGGUGCAAAACCCCUCUUAGUGUUUUGAGUGGUAGCCCACUUAGGAUGAUGAACAAUUCGGUUAAGGUCUCCGUUAGAGUGAAAGGUAGAGGAACAUUCGACUCUAUAGCCCGGCCGUUUCCGGGUCUGGGUCCGGGGCUCCGAUCGCAACAUGAUCCGCCUGCCCGAAAAGAGCAUGAGAUGUGCGUAUGCACCAUGCUGCGCAAUCAGGCACGGUUCUUGAAAGAAUGGGUCAUGUACCAUGCCCAAAUUGGGGUACAACGUUGGUUUAUCUACGACAAUAAUAGCGAUGACGAUAUUGAAAAUGUGAUAGCCUUGUUAUCCAAGGCCAACGCUAAUUACAAUAUUACCCGGCACGUGUGGCCUUGGAUCAAGACGCAGGAAGCCGGGUUCGCCCAUUGUGCCCUACGGGCACGGGACACGUGUGAGUGGGUCGGGUUUAUUGAUGUGGAUGAGUUCUUUUAUUUGCCAUCAGGUUUGGCGCUACAUGAUGUGUUACAAAAUCAAUCUAGUUACAGCUAUGUUGGUGAGGUGCGGGUGUCGUGCUACAGUUAUGGGCCGUCGGGGCUCAAACAAGUUCCGCCGCAAGGGGUGACGGUCGGGUACACGUGCCGAUUGGGUAUCUCGGAGAGGCACAAGAGUAUAGUGAGGCCUGAGGCAUUGAAUUCCACAUUGAUUAAUGUGGUGCACCAUUUUCAUUUGAGGGAUGGUUUUGAGUAUGUGAACGUGGACAGGGGAGUGCUGGCUAUUAAUCACUAUAAGUACCAAGUGUGGGAAGUGUUCAAGGAGAAAUUCUAUAGGAGGGUGGCUACCUAUGUGGCUGAUUGGCAGGAUGACCAAAAUGUAGGGUCCAAGGAUCGAGCCCCUGGCUUGGGAACUAGAGCUGUCGAGCCCCCGGAUUGGUCGAGCCGGUUUUGUGAGGUCAAGGACACUGGCCUCCGUGAUCAAGUGUUGAGGAAUUUUGCAGACCCAGUGACCCAGAGUUUGCCUUGGCAUGAUGUAGAUGAGACAAACAGGAGUCGUCCAAUUUCAAGCGCAGUAGUUGUUCUUGAUCCUGAUGAACCAGAAACUGCAAGAAAAGAGAGUGAGAAAGAGAAGUCAGAGACGAAAACUCCUGUGAGUGAUGAAAAGAAAAUCGAAGCAAAUGAAUCACCAGAACAGAACUCUAGUGUUUCUUGCUCAACUUCGGCUCUUCCUUGCAUGGAUAGGCUAAAAGAAGAGCUAUCUUGCGCAAUUUGUUUGGAGAUUUGCUUCGAACCUAGUACUACUCUUUGUGGACACAGCUUUUGUAUGGAAUGUUUGAGGUCUGCCAUCCACAAAUGUGGCGGAAAGUGCCCAAAGUGCAGACAACGAAUAAGGUAUGGAAGACCUCGUGCCGUGAACACAGUUCUCUGGAACACAAUACAACUUCUCUUUCCACAAGAGGUAGAAGAAGCAAGGAAGGCAGCCGGUGCCGGUUCUCAAAUCCCAGAAACAGCCUUUUGUAAUAAUCUGAGGAAUCCAAGUGCUGGAGAAACAAAUGUGAGAAGAAGAGAGAAUGUAUUGAGCCGUGCUUGGGAGGAUGCUGCAGUAUCAGCUCAAAUCCCAGAAACACCCCCUUCUUAUAAUUAUAAUAGUACGCGGCAUCGAAGUGCUAGAGGAUCUGUUACACCUAAUCAUUUUAGUCUUGGAAGAGUGAUAUCAUUAUCAGCUUCAAGAAAAGCUGGGAUCUCCAAGGACAUACCCAGAUUCCUCCGUCCUCUAAGCUUUUUUCUUCUCCGCAGAAGAAGAGAUUCGAUUUUUUUCCUCUUUCAUUUUCACAUCCGACAACCCACCAGAAUUAGCACAAAAAUGGUGAGCGAAGAACCAGAAGAAAGUCCGAAAGACCCCAAAAACCCAGUUGAACAUGGGCAAAACGUAGACGGUUUAUUCAGCCCCAGAUUCAAAUCUGUGGCCGCCAUGGCCGGUUGGGACGAAGAGGCUAUUUUGCUUGCCAGCCUUGUCGUAGAGGACACGCCCGAUCGAGAGUCUAAGUGCAAGAGACGCUCUGAUUUGCAGUUCAAGACCCCACCCACCAAUUCAAGAAGAAAACGCAGGACUCAGAGAAGGAGUCCAAUUUCAAUCCCAGUUGUUCUCGAUCUAGAAGAAGCAGAAAGUGUAAGAAAAGAGAGUGAGAAAGAGAAGUCAGAGAUGAAAACUCCUGUGAGUGAUGAAAAGAAAAUCGAAGCAAUUGAAUCAUCUGAACAGAACUCUGGUGUUUCUUGCUCAACUUCGGCUCUUCCUUGCAUGGAUAGGCUAAAAGAAGAGCUAUCUUGCGCAAUUUGUUUAGAGAUUUGCUUCGAACCUAGUACUACUCCUUGUGGACACAGCUUUUGUAAGAAAUGUUUGAGGUCUGCCGCGGACAAAUGUGGGAGAAAGUGCCCAAAGUGCAGACAACUAAUAAGCAAUGGAAGAUCUUGUAGUGUGAACACAGUUCUCUGGAACACAAUACAGCUUCUCUUUCCACAAGAGGUAGAAGCAAGGAAGGCAGCCGGAGCCUUGAAUGGUCGAGAAGCCGCCAGAUAUCAAGUCCCAGAAGCAGCCUUUUAUAAUAAUCUGAGGAAUCGAAGUGCUGGAGAUACAAGUGUGAGAAGAAGAGUGAAUGAUCGAAGCGCUCCAUUUUUAGCUCGACUCCCAGAAACAUGGAAUCCAAGUGCUGGAGAUACAAGAGAGAUUGCUGAAAUCCCAGAAACAGCCAUAUAUAAUAAUAAUAUGUGGAAUCGAAGUUCUAGAAAUGCUAGAGGAUCUGUUAUAUCAACUACAGAUCAUACAAGUCUGAGUAGAAGAAGAGAGAAUAUAUUGCGCCAACAUGAGGUGGAUGCUGCUGCAAUAGCUCAAAGGCCACAGAGAACAUCUGCUGGGGGUCUCACAAGGGUGAGAACAAGAAGACGGGUGUCGGGCCAAAACGGGGAUGCUGCAAUAGCUCUAAGGUUGCAGAGAGAAGAGUUCAUGGAGGCUUUUAGGGGAACCAAUGAGCAAUCAAGGUUGCAGAGAGAAGAAGAGUUCAUGGAGGCUUUUAGGGGAACCAAUGAGCAAUCAAGGUUGCAGAGAGAAGAAGAGUACAUGGAGGCUUUUAGGGGAACCGAUGAGCAAUCAAGGUUGCUGAGAGAAGAGUUCAUGGAGGCUUUUAGGGGAAGAACCAAUGAGCAAUCCAGCAGCUCUCUUUCCUUAGCCAGAGUAAAUUUGAGAGCAAUGGCUUCUAGAGCUGUUAAUCUUCGUAUUAGAGACCAGCAUAUGCAGUAGUCUAGUCAAGCUAAUUUUGGAGAUUAUUCCACAAAUUUCCUGUGCUUUUUUUUUUUU